CCGUCCCUGGUAAUGAUUUAAAAUCCAAAAAAUACUUAUUUGUUUACACUUUUGUUUGAAAAUUAAUUAUUUGUUUAUUAUAUCAAUGUGUGGCCGCACUUGCCUAACUUUAGAUCCGGAUGAAGUUUUGUGUGCCUGUAAAUAUCCCAAGAAAACCAUCAAAAAGGAGCCGGAAUCCAAAGAGGACGAUGAUAAAGUUAAGGAUGAGGAAGGGUCUGACCUGGAGACUCCCGAGUGGCGGGCGGAGUUCAACCUGGGAAGGCGCUAUCAGGCCUCCUAUAACAUAGCGCCUACCGACAUUACACCCGUGAUAGUGUCCGCAGCUCACUUCUCGGAUUCCGAGGAUCAGAGAUGCGCCCGCGUGGUUAUGCCCAUGAUGUGGGGCAUGAUUCCCUUCUGGCACAAGGGCGACUACCGGCGACACGGUCUCACCACCAACAAUUGCCGGCUGGAGCACCUGAUGGACUCCAAGCUCUAUCGAGGUCUCAAACGUGGCCAGCGCUGUGUGGUUAUCUGCGAGGGAUUCUAUGAGUGGCAGACGGCUGGUCCGGCAAAGAAGCCUUCAGAGCGAGAGGCUUACCUGGUAUUUGUACCUCAGGCGGGCGACGCCCUGAUCUACGACAAGAGCACCUGGUCGCCCCAGGAUGUGAAGCUGUUGCGAAUGGCCGGCCUCUUUGACGUCUGGGAGGACGAGAGCGGCGACAAAAUGUACAGCUACAGCAUCAUCACCUUCCAGUCCAGCAAAAUCAUGUCCUGGAUGCACUACCGCAUGCCCGCGAUCCUCGAAACCGAGCAGCAGAUGAAUGAUUGGCUGGACUUUAAGCGAGUAAGCGAUGCUGAGGCCUUGGCCACAUUGCGUCCGGCCACCGAGCUUAAGUGGCAUAGAGUGGCCAAGGUGGUGAACAAUUCGCGGAACAAAAGCGAAGAGUGCAACAAGCCCAUCGAGUUUGCCGCCAAACCCGCAAAACCACCGAUGAACAAAACGAUGAUGGCCUGGCUGAAUGUCCGCAAGAAGCGGGAAGAUAAAGUCAAAGCGGAAAAGAGUGAUCCCAGCGAUAAUGAGGAACAGGAAACAGAGGGCGACAGCAAGCGCAGGACCUCCUCUGAUGGCUCCACCGUCGACAGUCCAGCGAAGAGGCCCAGGCAUGGACAUCAGAGGACAGCUCUCCAGCAGAACGGCGGCAGCAGCGACAGCGAGGUGAAAUCGGCCGAAAGAUAAGCCCCACAGAUCCCCAAACUUCCGUAGUUGUAGUACAUUAAGUUUAUUUUCAUUAAAAACCGAAAUAUUUGUUCUCAAUA